GUGCAGGAGUUUCCUACAUGUCAAGUCUGGAGAAGAAUAAUUCCGAGCAAAGUGUGUUUCUUCCUGUGGUAAGUGUAUCAUAAUAGGAUCCUCCUGUGGACAAUCUGGAAAAAAAAGUUGGAUCUUGUCGAAUAGGUACGCUAUGUGUUAGCAAAAGGAGGAGACAAGUGUUCACCUAUUCAUGGAUUGAUCAAGAAGCUAGUUCAAUACACAACAACAAACCUGAAAAUUGGUUAAGUGUUUUUGUUGUUUCAGGUUACCUAUUUGGAAGGUGUGGAUCAAGAGAUUGGCUCUAUGAAAAUGUGUGUUUAAUAGCUUGUUUUGAAGCUAAGGAUGUCUUCUUCAACAAAAAGUGCUUGGUGGCUCCAGGGGAAGUCCAGAAAGGUUGAUUUCAAAGCUCACCGAGAUGCUUGCUCAGAACCAAAAAACUGUUUGUUUUUGGCUAAGUCAUUUAGCGUGUUCGAAGUGCUGACUUUGGGACGCAAUUCCUGGAGUUUGGGGUACAACCAGCUUCUGGAACCAGUUGAGGAUGAAAGAGGAACAAUUUCUAAACCACGAGAAGGAAUUGGAUGAGAUUGCCAAGGUUAGGAAGAUCAUUUGCGAGAUCCUCGAAGAUGCUAUCUCGUGCUGCCACAAUCAGCAAGCCAUUAGGAUUCGGAGUUGGAUUCAGAUUACUUGUUUGAUUUAGUUUCCUUGCUGAAUUAGGAUAGUGACGACUAUUAAAAAGUGGCCUAGUGAAGAUUUGAACAACAUGGAGGAGGGGCUUGUUUCAUGCUUACUUCAUGUCGUGUGGUGGUUCGUAUGGCUUGAAAUAAACCAAAGGAUUUUCGAAGAUAAGAGUAAUGUUUCUUCUCUAGUGGCUAGAAAAGCGGUGAAGAAAUCGAUGGAAUGGAUGGUGGCUCAUAGAAAGUUCAUAGGGACAUGGCUAUAAGUUGGUUGAGGUAGAGGGGACAUGGCUAUAAGUUGGUUGAGGUAGAGGGGAUUCUUCAAUUUCUAGAGACGUGUUCUUGUCGAGGAGGAGUUUGGUCUGCUGGAAGGUGAUUGACUCACUCCUACUGUCACUCUAGAAAUUGGCCAAGUGUAACCACUUCCUAAAGCGUAGUAUAGCGGGUUUGGGUUUUAAUGUCAACCCGGGUCCUAGAUUUGAUGACUACUCAGUGAAUUCUUGUUAUCUAGCAAUGAAACUUUAGUGCAGGUCUAAACUAACAAACAAACAAACAAAGCAAGUAAACGGUUGUUUUCAGGUUAAGAGAGGUCAACCAGAUAUGGUUCCCCCUAGACUGCAGUUAAGCCGGAUUGCAAUUACCAAGUUCAGUUUCUAUGAUAGUUAUACUGCAGAAGGUUCUUAAGCAGUCUGAAGUCUCGACUAAAGGUCUCCAGACCCUCUCAAUCUGAGUCUCUAGCGGGCGACUAACCUCCACCGGAGUAAACAGAUUGAGGCCCUAACGAACAAAACCUCCACUACCGAAGUGAAUUCGGUACAGAAUAGUGAGUUGGCUCCUCAACUAAAGUCACCAACUCCCUACCUUCAAUCAAGGAUGCUCUAUCAACCUAGGCAGAUAUUCUCAUUCUAGGUUAAAGCAGAAACAACAGGAAUUUGAUCAGGAUUCAUGCCAUUCAAUCAUUCAACCCUCAAUUGAAUAUAAUCAAAUCAUAGAAUCAGUACUUGGGUUCAUACAAUCAAACCUAACAUACAAAUCUAGGGUUUCCCAUACCCAGAUGAAUGGGAGAACUACUCCAUGGAGAAAGAAGCAAAAGCAGAAUCAGACGCGGGAAUCAUACUGUGAAGGAUGGAUUUCUGCUCCUGGACGUUGAUCGGCACUUCUCCAAGCUCAAGCCAAGCUCCAAUGGUGAUGAAGAUCAAGCUAGGGCACUUGGGAACUCUUGUUCGUCGCUUUCUCUCUCUAGGAAUCGCUCUGUCUCUCUAAAACUCGAAUCCCCUUCUGUUUUGGCUGAAAUCUGCCUAAAAGGGCAUCACUGGGCAAAACACGGUCGAGGGCACGGCCGUGUUCUGCUCCAGCCAGCCCGUGCCCUUGCCAAGUGUUAAAUACACGGCCAGCCUUUUGGGGAAAACACGGGCGUGCUUUUGGUGGACACGGCCGUGUUCUGUCUCAGUCCUGCCCGUGUUUUGAGCUAGUGUUAGCCAAACUCAGAUAAAGUCUCGGCAGUAAAAGCACGGUCUAGGAACACGGUCGUGUCUUGAUUUAGGCGUGCCCGUGUUUUGGCUCCAGCUCGACCGAAUGACUUCCGAAUGCCCCAAAACUCGUGCUUAGCCUUUCCUUUGACGCCUGGGACCUGAAAUAUGACAAAGUAGCACAACCCGGCGUAAAAUAGGCCAAAAAUACACGAUUAUGCCCCUC